GGUACUACCUAUUUCGUCGCGCCUUGUUAUCUGCGUCGUCUUUUGUUCUCUUCGUCAUCUUAUUUUCAACUUCACCGUCGCAUCUUCGUCACACACACAUACACACAUAUCCACCCACGCAAUCAGUUUUUUUCUUUUUUUAAUUUUAUUAACUGUGAUCUAAUAUCAGUACCUUCCAUCAAUCAAUUCUCAGUCUCAUAAUCAGAUCUGAAUCUAUGUGUAGUUGCGACUGCUGUCGCAUUCUAUUAUAAAGAUGGCUCCGCAGAGUAUUAACCCACCUGCUCUACCUCCCACUGUCGAAGAAGCCUACCGACGCAAAUGUAUCCAACUAAAAGAGCGUACCAAAGAGAUCGAGGACGAGACAAAGGCCUACCAGUUGCGACUUAACCGGCUCCAGCGACAAGUCCAAAAACUACGUCUUGAACGCGCAUUCCUCCUCGAGCAGGUCGCCAAGCGCACAAGCACUAACGUAGAGGAUUCCGAGGGCAGCCCUAGUCCACCACCAACUCCUAAGGACAAGCCGCUUCGAACGAAGCGUGGGCAUAGAAAGCCGUCCCUGCUCCCAGUCUCCGAGCCGGGCACCGGACCUAGCGCACCUUUUAUCGGCCAGAAUAUAACGACACUCUCACCAAGCUCCGACGCUUAUUCACACUCCCAGCUCGACCAAACCCGCCUGAAUGGUAUCGCUAAACGGCCCAAGCGACCUAGCAAUGCCUUCGAAAUUUACUGCAACGACACUCGACCGGUCCUCCAGGCCCAACAUAAGGAAAAGAUUGCGGCAGGAGAAUUCCGUCUCGAAGAAGAGCUCGCGCGGGGCUGGAAGGAUCUACCGGAGAAGGAAAAGGAGGAGUUCCAGGUUCGGUAUGAGCAAGAACUAGCCCAGUACAAGGAGGCUGUCGAGGAGUACAAGCGCGAAGCCAAGAGCGCUGCUCGUGAGCGCUCGCGCAACCGAGAUCGAGACCACUUCGGCAGCAUCUCUAGCAGUAGACGCGGCGGCGGAGGUGGUGGACGUUCAGCUCGCUUCGAAGAGGUCCAUGACGAAGAAGGAGACGAAGACCAGGAUGUCGAGAUGGCGGACCCUGGUGAUCACGAACCGGCAGGGGAUCAGGAUACAGACCCGGAAACAGAGGUCGACGAGAAUGACGGCGCAGCGGAUGAUUAGAGGCGCAAACGCCGCGCCUACUGGUGGCAGAAAUGAGAGG